UCCGUUCCGUUCCACAGCUAGCUAGCUAGCUCGAGUGACCGAGCACGAGCAAGCAUGUACCCGGCCGAGCUCGCCAGCGUCCCGUACCUGUCGGCUGCGACUGCGACCGCCGCCUUCAGGCCUCAUUACCAGGUAGCUCCAGAUGACUUCCUCUUCCAGUACAACGGCGGCGGCCUCCUGGUUCCUCAGGCGACGUCGCCCCCCUGCUCCUCGUACCAGCAGCACGACGUCGUCGGCCAGCUGCUCCACGAGGUCGCCGGCGGCGGGCUCCUCCUCCCGUUCGGGGCCAGGUCGUCCAACUCGGACGAGUCGGACGAGUACCACCACCACCACCAGGCGGCGCACUGCAGCAGCAGCCUCGCGGAGGAGCGGCGGCGGCGGCGGAUGGUGUCCAACCGGGAGUCGGCGCGGCGGUCGCGCAUGAGGAAGCAGAAGCAGCUGAGCGAGCUGUGGGCGCAGGUGGUGCACCUCCGCGGCGCCAACCGCCAGCUGCUCGACCAGCUCAACCGCGUCAUCAGGGACUGCGACCGCGUGCUGCGCGACAACUCCGGCCUCAGGGCCGAGCAGGCCGAGCUGCGGGAGCGGCUCGAGAAGCUGCCUGCUGUGCCAGUGGCCGUGGCCGUCGAGGAAGCGGGACAAGUUGAGCUUGCUGCUGCCCAGGGUGAUAUGAUCGACUAGAUGAUCAAUGUUAUUAUAUGGGAACUUGAAUUACCAUUUUUGUACCUCUGCUCUGCUCUAUGUGGGACGCCAUUGUUAGCAUGUACGUAUUCUUUUAGACAUACCAGUGUUGGCAUGUAGUAGUUCCAAAUAAGAAAAUGUUGGCAUGUAGUGCUGAGUUGUCCAGUUUUGCCAUGUACUCAUGUACUAUAACAAAAAA